AUGCGGCUCACGGCUCUGCUCAGCAGCGGAGACACGGCUGCCGCCCGCAGGCUGUUCGACGGAAUGCGGCGCCGGACUGUGGUCACCUGGAACGCCAUGGUCGCUGGUCAUGCUAGGUGCGGGAGUUUCCUCGACGCACUCGAUCUAGCUGCGCGCAUGCACCGCUCAGGGGUGAGCCCCAGUGAGGCCACCUUUGCUUCGGUGCUCGGCGCCUGUGCUCGCGGGCGUCGUCUUUGCGUUGGGGCACAGGUGCACUGCCAGGUGGUAAAGUCCGGCUCUGAGAACUUUGAGGUCGUUGGGGCGUCUCUUCUGGACUUCUACUCGUCGUGCUUUGAUCUUAGUGCGGCACACAUGCUCUUUGAUACCCUUCAUCCAAGGAAUGAGCGGCUGUGGAGCCCGAUGGUCGUUGCGCUUGUGAGGUUCAACCUGCUGAGUGACGCCUUGGAUCUUCUUGACCGGAUGCCUGCACCUCGUGACGUGUUUGCAUGGACUGCUGUUAUAUCGGGCUAUGCCCGAGGUGCGAGUGACUGUUGUCGGAAGGCGAUUGGGUUGUUUGUACGGAUGUUGGCCGAUCAUGGCGUGAUGCCGAAUGAAUUCACUUUUGACAGUGUUUUGAGGGCUUGUGUGAAGAUGGGAGCAUUGGAUUUUGGGAGAUCGGUUCAUGGCUGUUUGCUUCGAAGUGGGUUUGAUACUGAUAAGUUAAUCACUAGUGCUCUUGUGGAUCUUUACUGCAGUUCUGAUGCUGUUGCUGAUGCCUUGCUGGUUUACAAUGACCUGGAAAUGCCGUCCUUGAUCACAUCCAAUGCAUUGAUUGGGGGGCUUAUAUCAAUGCACAUGACAGAUGAAGCAAAGAUAGUUUUCUCACAGAUGCCAGAGCACGAUUCAAGUACCUACAAUCUGAUGAUUAAAGCAUAUGGUAUUGAAGGGAAACUUGAACAGUGUCAGAGGAUGUUUGAGAAGAUGCCUCGGAGAAAUAUUGUGACCUUAAACUCCAUGAUGUCAGUUCUUCUCCAGAAUGGGAAGUUGGAGGAGGGGCUGAAGCUAUUUGAACAGAUAAAGGAUGAAAGGAACACAAUAACAUGGAAUUCUAUGAUUUCUGGUUACAUUCAAAAUAAUCAUUCUUCAGAAGCUCUAAAACUAUUUGUGACCAUGCGCCGAUUGUCUAUUAUAUGCAGCCCAUCAACAUUCCCUACUCUAUUGCAUGCCUGUGGUACUGUUGGAACCAUUGAGCAAGGCAAAAUGGUUCAUGCUCACCUCUGCAAGACUCCAUUCGAAUCCAAUGGCUAUGUUGGGACAGCUCUUGUAGAUAUGUACUCAAAAUGUGGGUGUGUCAGUGAUGCACUUGACGCAUUUUGUUGCAUCACAUCACCUAAUGUUGCUUCUUGGACAUCAGUCAUCAAUGGGCUUGCACACAAUGGUCAAUGCCUGAAAGCUAUAGUGGAAUUUGGGAGAAUGCUGAGGCAUCGUAUAAAUCCAAAUGAGAUCACUUUUUUGGGUCUCCUUAUGGCUAGUUCUCGUGCUGGCUUGGUUAACAAGGGGAUGAGGUUCUUCCAUUCUAUGGAACGCUAUGGACUACUUCCAACUGUGGAACAUUAUACAUGUGCUGUCGAUCUUCUCGGUCGGAAUGGACGCAUCAUAGAAGCUGAGAAGUUCAUCUCUGCAAUGCCUGUACCAGCAGAUGGUGUGGCAUGGGGAGCCCUACUCACUGCCUGCUGGUAUUCAAUGGAUUUAGAGAUGGGUGAGAAAGUUGCUGAGAAGUUGUUUUUCAUGGGCACAAAGCAUAAAUCUGCUUAUGUUGCCAUGUCUAACAUCUACGCCAAAUUGGGCAAGUGGGAAGAUGUUGUGAAGGUAAGAACAAGAUUGAGGAGUCUCGAUGCCAAAAAGGAACCAGGGUGCAGUUGGAUUGGGGUAAAGGAUACAGUUCAUGUGUUCCUUGUGGAAGACAGGAAUCAUCCAGAGAGAGAUGAAAUAUAUUUGAUGCUAGAAGAUUUAGUUUCUAAUAUAUUAUUGCAUUCUGAACCUGACGAGGAUUUAUAUCUGUUAUCUGGAGUCCCCUUUGCUUGA